AAUUAUUAUGCAAUAACAAACGAGUAUUGCUUGAGAGGACAAUUAUAAAGCACCUUUCAAACGUGCAAAAAUAUCAUAGUUGUUAUUUGAAAAGUACCAACUUCGUUCGCUGCGGUUCUUCGUCUUGAACAGCCAACAUAAGCUCGACUUCAUGGCCCUGGAGACUUUAUUUUAUUCGUCAUACACUCGACUCAUAUCAGCAACUUGGUCGUCGUACUUCUUUGCUGCCUUCACUGCCUUCGUCGCAUGGCUGGUGUACAAGAUAGUCGAAGAAAAGCUUUCUCCUCUGGCAAGGAUCCCGACACCCGAAGGACGUUUGCCUCUGAUCGGUCAUUUGUUCGUAGUCCUUAAGAAAGGAGGUCUACAACAUGCACUCUCAGAUUGGAGAGACAAGUAUGGACCGAUGAUUGCAUUUAACCCUGGUUUUGGUAUUGGAAUUGGUGAUUGCAGAAUUGCAGUUUAUGAUCCAAACCUCAUCAAGCAAGUCAUGAUAACAGAGUCCUAUAAGUACGAUAGACCUGAAUUUGUUAAGAAGAUGAUCCCUAAUGUAGGGAAUGGCCUGUUUGGGUCAAGUGGAAAAUUACAUGCAAAGCAAAGGAAACUUAUCAAUCCUGCUUUUAGUUACACCACCUUGAAGUGCUUUGUCCCAACUUUUGUUGAAAACUCAGCUAAAUUGGUUAAGCUUUGGUCAAAGAAAAUUCAAACUUCCCCAGUUCUUGAAGUUUCUGAAGAUAUUUGUCAUCUUACAUUGGAUAUCAUCGGAAAGACCUCAUUUAGUUAUGAUUUUAAUUCGACUCUCGGAACAGAAAACGAGGUGACCACUGCAUUCAACUCGUUAAUGAGCCGUGGCGAGUUUGGCUACCUUGUUCGAAAGAAUGUCAUCCCAUUCUAUGAGUAUUUCCCCCUUCCUGAUAAUCUGGCAAUCAAGAGAUCCUCCCAAAUUGUAGAUGGCACUGUUUUCAAAGUCAUCCAAGAACGACGCAUGCUCAGAAGGCAAGGAGAGGCAGCUGACCACAAGGACCUUCUCAAUUUGCUUUUAGACAUGUAUGACGAAGAAACCGGCAAAGGCUUUGAUGAUGAAGAACUACGUGCUCAGGUUUUUACGUUCAUGCUUGCUGGCCAUGAAACAACCAGCACCUCGUUGUCAUGGACUUUGUAUGAAUUGGCCAAACGUCCAGAAAUACAGGAAAAAAUAAGGAGAGAAAUCAAGGAAGUGUUACCCGAUGGCGAGGAGUUGACAUGGAAUACACUGGAAAAGAUGCAGUACCUGAACAGUGUUGCUAAAGAAUCCUUACGUUUACGAUCACCAGCAUCGCUGAUUGGUCGCGAAGCCAACACUACUAUUCAACUUGGUGGAUAUACCGUGCCUAAAGGAACAGUGUUGAUGGUACCGGUAGAAGCUAUGCAUAUGUCACCAAAAAACUGGGACAAUCCUACUGAAUUCAACCCUGACAGGUUUAUGAGAAAUGGUUAGUAAUGCAA